UGUGGCACGAGCCUUUGAGCGGACCUCUCCGUGCACCGCGAAAGCUCCCGGCGCGGAUGCCGCAAACGCGCGCCGCCGCUGGCUUACGGCUCAAAGCUUGGGACGGGCCAGGCGGGCGCCAGGUCUCACGUCCUCUGCGCGGAGCCUGCACUCCGCCCACGUCAACAUGAGCCAACAAGGUGUCACUGACUGGAACAGUCCAGCGAUUCCGCCCACCAUCCGCCGUCCAUGGCGCGUCUUCGAGGAGGACUUGGAGGAUCAGGUUGCAGAGGCUGCGAGCCAGUCAGAAGAGGCGGCCGCGCACACUCGGGAGCGCAUCGCCGCGGUGCAGGCCAAGGGGGCGAAGCUCGCCUUUGCUUCCCUGCCAGAAGCGGAGCAGAGGACUUACAUGGAGGUCUCAAUCCAGGAGCUUGCAGCCUUCGUUUGCUGGCGCCGCACGCAGGCAGCUCGCCAAGAGCGGGGCGAGGUGCCGCCCACAGAGUUCGAGGCGGGUUGGGAUCUGCUGGACAUCGAGGAGAAAGCAGAGUGGCUGCCGGAGGACUGCUGGGCGGCGCUGGCAGCGGACGCACAGUGGGCCGGUCUGCUGGCAGACAAGCCGCAGGUCCCUACCCAGCCUUUGAAGGGUGAGCAGAAGAAGGCGCCAUUGAAGCAGGAGCCGAAGAAGACGGACUCGGUCCAGGUCGCCCACUUCUUGGGUUUUGGUACAGACGGAGGGCUUCCUUUGAAGAGCCAUCACCCAGAGCUUGCCACGCAGGCCCCAGCGCCUACAGGCAAGAAGGCUCCCAAGCAGGAGAAGCAAUCCGUAGCCGCUCCAAAGGCGGAGGCGAAGAAGGCGGUGGUGAAACAGGAGCCAAAGCAACAGGCGCCAGCAAAGCCAGCCCCGAAGGCUCAAGCGCAGGAGACAAGCAAGAAGGCGGCUUCGGUGAAGCUGGAGCCCAAAGAAUCUGCGCCCGCCAAGCCGGCGAAUGCUCAAGAAGCGACAAAGCAGCAGGCGGCCACCGAUGCGAAGAGCACAAAGGCGGUGCAUGUCAAAAAGGAGCUCGGGCAGCCUGCGCCUGCCAAGCCAGCACCGAAAGCCCAAGUGCAGGACAAGCCGAAGGCGGUGGUGAAACAGGAGCCAAAGCAACAGGCGCCAGCAAAGCCAGCCCCGAAGGCUCAAGCGCAGGAGGCCACGAGGCCGCCGGCCAAGCAGGCGCCGAAGGCGCCAGCGAAGUUGCAGGAGCCUCAGCCCGCGGAAGGCAGGCGCUCGAAGGCAAAGGCGGCGGAGAAGGCGGCCGGUGAGAAGGCGAGCCGUCCGCCGAAGGAGCCCAAGGAGCCCAAGGAGCCCAAGGCGCCGAAGGAGCAGAAGGAGCCGAAGCCGAAGGCGCCGAAGGAGCAGAAGGGGCCGAAGCCGAAGGAGCUGACGAAAGCCAAGGCCAGACAGCGUGAUGAGGAGGAUGAGCUGCCACUGGUGCCGCAGGACGCAGGCGCCCCGCGUGCCAGACGAGGCCGUGGAGGGAAGGCGGUGCCGGAGAAUCUCUACCCGGAAGCUUUGAAGGCUCACUGCUGCAAGUGCAGCUCAGACGCGGCCACGGACGCCAAUGACCUGGGGAUGUGCGAUCGCUGUGACAAGGCGUUCCACCAGAAGUGCCAUGACCCUCCCGUGAAGUACUUUGGGCAUCCGGAUGACCAGUGGUUCUGUGGGGAUUGCACCCUGGAGCUGGCGCAGAUGCGGAAGCUGAGCCUGCAGGUCAACGCCUUCUGCUGGGUUCAGAACACAGGAGAGUCCACGACUUGGCCGGCGCAGGUGCUGCGGAUCGACUUCUCCUCCCUGGCAGAUCCCAAGCCCUACUGGGUGCAGUACUUUGAUGCUGGCCCGCCGGAAGGCGCCUGGGUGGGCGAAGUCCACGUGAGGGCCUGGACUUCGGGCCCCCGCUUCUCCGCGCUGGCGCAGGCGCGGCGCCGCAACGCCGUGCGCCUGGCGGAGGCGGCCGGUGCACCACGGCUCAGCGAAGGCGAGAGCCAAGGACCUGCCCCGAAAUCCCCGCGGCGGAAGCGGCCCGUGCGGGACGUGGUUCAGGACCCGGCAGAGGAGAUGAGGCCGCGGCGCAGCCGCCGUGGGGAGGGUGUGGAGCUGCUGACGGAGCUGCCGGCAGGCAAGCCGAAGCGGAAGGCCAGGGAAAGCCAGGUCACCCAAGAGCUGGAGACGGGCUGCCAGGAGGAUUGGACAGAGGACGUGUUGGUGGAGCCGUUGAUGGCAGGCCCCUGCUCCCCGAAGCGGCGGAGAGUGGUGGAGGAGGAUCCGGGCUCCACGGAAAAGCGGUCGCCACCAGCGCGAGAGGGGCCGAAAGAAGACGAGAGAGGCCGCCCGGACGAGGGCGAGGUGGCAAAGGAUCCGACCGAGAAGCCUCCGCCAGAGGACUGCGACACCAUGUUGCCACGUUCCGCCGUGGAGAUCGUGGAGAUGCCGAAGGCUUGGGGGCAGGAUGCCUUCACGGAGCCGAAGGAGCGAGAGGCGGAUCCAGCGAAGGACGAGAUGCUGCGCUUUAUCGAGGAAACGCAGGAGCAGCUGAGACAAUGUGAGGAGCGGGACCGCCGCAGGGCCCUGGAGAAAGAGGCGCAGCUCCAGGAGGGCGCGCUGGUGCCAUAAUCUUCAGCCUGUCAGAGGCGGCUGAGAGCCGGGCAUUUCUGGCCAACAGGUCCACCCGUUGGAACGGCACAGAUAUGGCCGUGGUUCAAAACCAAUGGUGCCAUUUUGGUGCACCACUCACUUUAG